AGACACUGAGCAGCAGGAACCUCUUCGGCCUAAUCUGCAGCUGGUAAAAGUGGUGGAACUAGCCAAGCUGCUGAGUUUCCAGUCAGCAAAGAGAGCAAGAUGGGACGGGGUGUGCGGGGAGCACCAGGAGGCUCUGAAGCUGUUCUGUGAAGAGGAUCAAGCUCCCAUCUCUGUGGUGUCCCAGGCUCACAUGGUGGUGCCCUUACAGGAAGCUGCCCAGGAGUACAAGGAAAAAUUGGAGGCCUGUUUGAAGACUCUGAGAGAAGAGAGAGAAAAGCUGCUGGGAAGGAAAACAGCAGAAGGGAAAAGCCAGGAGUAUUUGAAAUGGACCCAAGCAGAGAAACAGAAGAUUGUGGCCGAGUUUCAGCAGCUGCGGCAGUUCCUGGAAGAACAAGAGCAACAACUGCUGGCCCAGCUGGAGAAGCUGGAUGAGGAGAUUGGGAGGCUCCAGACUGAUACUGUCAGGAAACUCUCUGCGCAGAUUUCCCAUCUCAGCAAGUGGAUUGGUGAGCUGGAGGGGACAUAUCAGAAGCCAGCCA